AUGAAGAGACCAAUCUCAUCAAGAACGGGUUCCGCUUCAAACCCAUCAUCUCAGACCACAUCAAUGGAUAAUAUGAAUAUUCUUUCCAAUAACAAUGCAUCAACACCAGCAGCAUCAGCAGCAUCAGCAGCAUCACGCAACAAAACAGCUGAAAAGAAGGCGUCCCUUACAAUAACGAAGAAGCGAAUGUCAUCACAGAGCAUUAUCUAUGCGAAUGCAAUUGGUUAUAUCCUAUCAGGAUGCUUUCAACCGAUCCUCAUGACAGUGUGCAAGGACGCUGGAUUGGGUCAUCCGGUUGCGCAGGUAUACAUGUUCUUUUAUUCCUUUGGUCCCGCACUUGUCAUUAUUCCACUUUUAUGGAAAGGAGUUGAGAAAUGGCCCGUUCGGUGGACUCCCAUGUACAAGGCGGCAGGGAUUGCCUUGUUUGACGUGGUGGCCACCUGCAUCAAUUAUGUUGGGGCGUCUCAUGCGGGACCCACCAUAUUUGCGAUUGUCUACUCGUCCGUGACGAUCUGGACUGCCAUUUAUUCGAGAUGGAUACUGAAUCGUGUGCUGAAUCGGUCCCAAUGGAUGGCUAUUCUCCUCGUCUUUUGUGGGUUAGGAUUGACCGCGACAGAGUCUUUGCAACUGGGUCCUUCGGUACUGAAGGGUUUGAUUAUGGUGACCUUUGGAUCAGCCAUGCAUGCCUUUACCUACGUCGGUAGUGAAAUCGUCAUGAACUUUGGCCCAAAUGAGAGUCUGACUGUCUCUCAGAACUGUGCGAUUCAAUCCGCAGUCGGAUGUUUUGUGUUUUUGAUAUGGCAACUGGUCUAUACGUUACCCAACUACAAUGGAGUACUGGGUCAGCCGAUGCAGCAGGCUGGAACGACGCCUUGGAUGGCACUUUUCAUACUGAGCUGCUUUGGGUUUGCCAACUUGGUGCAUUCGUUGACUUUCUUCUACACACUGUCGCACUUUCCAGGUGGUGCUACAAGUGCGGGUGUCAUGAAGGGGUUACAGGCAGUGUUGGUAUUCGGAGUCACGCACCUGUGCUUUUGUGGAAAGACUGGUGGCGACGAGAUGUGCUUUUCAUCAUCCAAGUGGUUGUCACUCAUCACAGUCUGUGGGGGAGUAUUUGCCUAUGGAAGGGCGACGCAACAAGAACACAAUGGUACCAAAGUGUCCGGCAAUAAGCAAGUUGGUAGCAAUCACAUCAGACGAAGGUCAUUGAAACACAAAGGCAGUGACACUUACGAACCGGCAAAUGGUGUGGACCAAGUUGGACUAGGUACAGCAUGA